GAACUCGUAAACUCUCUUAACUCGCCAUUUAGAUCUUCUCCCUUCAUCUGUUUAUCUCAGUUUGGGGAUUCACACAUCGUAUAGUAAUGGCAUAUUAUACACACACUUCUGUUGCUCUCCUUUAUAUUUUGGUGAACAUUUUCAUGAUGUUGAACAGUAACAUCAUUUCCGUUGAAGCACAAACCCGAGUAGGAUUUUACUCGAGUUCUUGUCCAAGAGCUGAAGCAAUCAUUCGAGCAACAGUCAAUACCCAUUUUCAAUCAGAUCCUACCAUUGCUCCUGGUUUGCUUAGAAUGCAUUUUCAUGAUUGUUUCGUUGAAGGAUGCGAUGCAUCUAUCCUUAUUAAUGGAACUUCCACAGAAAAGACUGCUGCCCCUAAUCUUCUAUUGAGAGGUUAUGAAGUUAUUGAUGAUGCAAAAACACAGCUUGAAGCUGCUUGCCCUGGCGUCGUUUCUUGUGCUGAUAUUCUUGCCAUUGCUGCUCGCGACUCUGUUGUCGUGAGUGGAGGUGCAAGAUGGUCAGUACCAACAGGUCGGCUAGACGGUCGGGUAUCAUUAGCAUCAGAUACUGAUAAUCUACCUGCUUUUACAGACUCUAUUGAAAUUCAAAUAGAGAAGUUUGAUGAUAAAGGACUUAAUAUUCAAGAUCUCGUUAGUUUAGUUGGUGCCCAUACAAUUGGGACAGCAUCUUGUUUUACCUUCCGAUACAGAUUAUACAAUUUCAAUGGAACUGGAGCUGCCGACCCGACAAUCAACCCAUCGUUUCUUACUGCCUUACGAAAUCUUUGUCCUGACAACGGCGAUGGAUCUAUACGUGUAGCAAUGGAUACUGGUAGCGAAACCAGAUUCGACCAAAGUUACUACACAAACUUGAGGAACGGAAGAGGAGUUCUAGAAUCUGAUCAGAAGUUAUGGAAUGAUACAACCACACAAACUUUUGUUCGACGCUUUUCAGGUCCAUUUAGAGGCUUGAGCGGAUUGGUAUUCAAUGUGGAGUUCGGUCGGUCUAUGGUGAAAAUGAGUAAUAUUCAAGUGAAAACUGGCGCACAAGGCGAGAUCCGAAGAAUUUGUUCUGCCAUUAAUUAAGAGUCAUUGAGUUUAACUUGGCUCCGUUUUAUGUUUACAAUAAGAGAUAUGCAUUAAAGCGUACCAAAAUUAUUUGUCAAGUGUAAGUAAUAAAAAUGUAAUCGAAUUGUGAAGUUCUAUAAAAGUUUGUG